GUGCGGCUCAGGCGGGCCGCGCGCGCGCCGCCUGUCAGCUCCUGGCGUUGUCGGGACGCUCGCCACGCUCGUGUUGACGGUGGGUUGCUGUGACGCCGCGCCGCUUCUGCUUCGGUCGGCGCGGUCGACUCGCCCACCGACGUUUGGCACGCCGAAGCCCGGCUUUUGACAAAUAGCCGCUGCGAGAACAGCACACCCUGCGAAAGCAAGAAUCGCGCGCUCUCCUCGCCGGUGGCGCUGGCGCGAGUUGCAGACGGCUGCCGCGGCGAGAUAUCCCUCAUCGUUGGCUGCUGUUCGCGCCGACUCACCACCAGUGCUUGUUGCUCGCAGCGGCAGCACCGGAGGAGGUGAAGUGCAAGGCCGAUAAUAGGGCCCGAUGUCGAGUUUGUUGUGAGCAUCGUCAACAACGUUGUCUUCGCUUUUUUAGCUUGUUUCUUUAUUUGUGUGCGCUGUUCCAUGCCAAGCAAACCGUGGCCCCGCCAGCAGCGCGGCAGGGCUCCUGUGCUAUCGACUCGAAUGACGGUGUUACUGGGGCACGUGAGAGGGCUAACUGGUUGUGGUGGCGAGUCCUCGGUCUCCCGUGGCGGCGGCCCACGCGCCGGGCGUGGAAAGCGCGAUGACUCUGGAGUCUGAACCGGCCGCGCCCACCACGGGGAUGGCAACGUCAGCGGAGAGCACGGGGCCCAGUUGCUUGCGCCAGUCCUGGGGGUCAUUCGGCCAACGACGAGUGCGACCACCCAAGAUAGGCGAUUUGCCACGGCCGCCGUGCGUGGAAGACUGCGGCGAUGAGGAGCCCCUGCGCGACGAGAUCCCAACUGCCGCGACCACGGCCGCAACAGCCGGCUCGCCGACCCGCUGCUGUGCCGAGCUGUUCGAGGACCUCUGCCUGGGCCGCCUGAGCACCAGCAGCAGCGGCAGCGGCGCAGGCGGCUCUCCCACGGCGCAGCUGAGGCACCGCUACCCGUGGGAAGGAGUGGGCGAGGACCCGGUACGUGAGGCUGCCCUCGCUCCUGCCGUCAUGCCGGCGCAGAGGCAGCCCCGCUUCUCGACGACCUCCUCCUCGUCGGCCGCCUCGACGCCUGAUGAAAGCAGCAGUGGCGCCGCAUCGUCCUUGUCGGUUGCCGAAGAGAUCGAAAGGCUGUCGCUGUCGCCAUGCCGGCGUGUGUCGAGCCCGUUCCUGGCGGCGCCCGAGUUGGUGCCGCCGGAGGUCUUCUUGCCGACUUCGUCGUCGCCGCGGCAGCAGCAGCAGCAGCGGUCGCCGUCGCCGCAGCGUCUGCCCAACCCCGACAGCCCUCCGCCGGAGGCGUCCGCCAUCGGAGACCUGCAGCGAAGGCGCCGACUGCCGCGCAUCACCUACUCCAUGUCCCAGGACUCGCAUCUCGUGGGUCCUGGCCCUGAGCGGGCACUGUAUCCGGCACUCCCUUAUUCGCCGUUCAGCUCGCCUUCGUCUUCGCCUCGGCUCGGCCGUAGUAUACGUGAGUCACGCAGGGUCUCCAUCGAGGCCCACAAGGGUUACACGCAGCUCAACCAGUACAGGCUCAAGGAGGAGAUCGGACAGGGUUCCUUUGGUAUUGUAAAGCUGGCGUACAGUGAAGAAGACGACAGCCAUUAUGCAAUGAAGAUCUUGUCCAAGAAAAAGCUUUUGAAGAGGGCGGGCAUGUUUGGACGCAAGCCGCCCCCUCGCAAAGGGCGGAGCAAUAGCACCAGCAAUCCCUUGGACCAAGUCUACCACGAGAUAGCCGUCCUUAAAAAAUUGAAUCACCCAAACAUCGUCAAGUUAGUUGAGGUUUUAGAUGACCCUGAUAGCGAUAACCUCUAUAUGGUCUUCGAAUUUCUCGAGAAAGGGCCGGUGAUUGAGAUUCCGACGAGUACGCCCCUGUCUGAGACUCAAGCCUGGACCUACUUCAGGGACGUCGUGCUGGGAAUUGAGUACCUCCAUCACCAGAAGAUUAUCCACCGAGACAUCAAACCAUCGAAUCUGCUGCUGGACGACAAAGGAAGAGUUCAGAUUGCAGACUUCGGCGUGUGCAACCAGUUCGAAGGCGUGGACGCCCUGCUGUCUGGCACAGCGGGCACGCCGGCCUUCGUCGCACCGGAAGCCCUCAGCGAGAACCGAAGCGAGUACAGCGGCAAAGCGGUGGACGUGUGGGCGAUGGGUGUGACGCUCUACGCUUUCGUGGUGGGCAACGUUCCCUUCCACGACCCCAGCGUGCUCAUCCUCUACAACAAAAUCAGAAACCAGCCUCUAGUCUUUCCCUCCAACAUCAGCAUUGAGCUCCAAGACCUCCUUUCACGCAUGCUGAAGAAAAACCCUGAAGAGAGGAUUACAGUUCCUGAAAUUAAGGUAGAUCCAUGGGUGACCCAAAAUGGCACAUUCCCGAUGCCGUCUGAAGGCGAGAACUGCGUCUUCGUCGAAGUCACGGAGGAGGAAAUUGACAACUGCGUGCGCACGAUCCCGAAGCUGGACACGUUGAUCCUGGUUAAGAGCAUGUUGAAGAAGCACUCGUUCGGGAACCCUUACAAGGACUGCCCCCGCCACCGCGCCCGCUUCACCAAGGCAACUCGUUCCAAUUCAGCACCUUCCUCCUUCGAUGUGUUCCUCGAAAGGAAAGUCUCUCUGGAAAGUCCGCUGCCGGCCCUCAACGAAAUCGCCUUCCUGGACCAGACAUAGCGGCAGCUCGAAACUCGGGCUGCCGCAAAGCCGUUGGGACUAUCUUGACCGUUGGUGGAUGGCCGCCAGCGAUCCUGCAGAAGUCCGCGACGAAAAUGACGUCGACGACGACGAAGGCGAUGACAAUGAAGCAAGGCUUCAUGUCAUGCGCCACUCUCCGGUGCAGACGCAGCCGCGAUGAACAGACUUUGCGCGUUGCGACUGCCCGGUGCCUAUACCUCCGCCAGCAGCAUUACGCCUCACUCCGUGCAUCACCCGCGGCUGGCCCGACCCUAGCGUGAGCUGUCUUCACCUCCGCGCGGUAGCCACAAGACUCUCUGCACCGUGUCACAUGUUCAACCCUCGCCUGCACUCGACCGGAGUGCAUUGGCUUCAUACCAUCGCCCCAUCUUUUUUGAUACCCUUCUCUUUAUCGAUAGACUCUGCGCAGCUGUGAUGUCACAGGAUCCACCAUCUAUAUAUAUAUAUAUAUAUAUAUAUCGGUCAUGCGCCCGCG